ACCCAAUCGGGACUGAAAGCUUCUUUCACUGUCAGCACCGCCAAUUUCCUCUUUCUGAAUCUCUCAAAUCCAUCAGCCAUGGUCGAAGGCUUCGAAGUCGGAGGCGUCCCGUUCAAUCCAGACGGGUGGGGCCCACCGGAUAGCGCCACCACCCCAACCACCACCUCCAACCUCCCCCUCAACGUCCCCUUCGCCCCAUUCUCCCGCGCCGAGAAGUUGGGGCGGAUCGCCGACUGGACCCGCACCUUCAACAACCCGGCCCGGUCCAAGAACCCGUCAGAUUCAGUCUUCGACUUCUCGAACGACGAGUCGUUCCCUGCCUCCGCCGAUGACGACGCCUCAUUCCGUCUCGUCGACGGAAAGCCCCCGCCGCGCCCCAGGUUCGGCCCCAAAUGGCGGUUCCUCAACGUCCCUCGCCGCGAAGCCGCGGUUUUCAAAUCAUCGGUCGAUAUUCAACCCGAGUGGAACAUGCUGGACCAGAUCCCUUUCUCCACAUUCUCAAAGCUGUCAUUUUCGGUCCCAGAACCAGAGGACCUGCUCCUCUGCGGUGGGCUCGAGUUUUACGAUCGGUCCUGCGAUCGAAUCACGCCCAAGAACGAGCGAAGACUCGAGCGUUUCAAGAAUCGGAACUUCUUCAAGGUCACCACCACCGACGACCCAGUCAUUCGCCGACUUGCAAACGAGGACAAAGCUACAGUAUUUGCCACUGAUACCAUUCUCUCGACUCUCAUGUGCGCGCCCAGGUCGAUUUACUCUUGGGAUAUCGUUGUUCAGCGAGUUGGGAACAAGUUAUUCUUCGAUAAACGUGAUGGGUCGCAGUUGGAUUUGCUUUCGGUUCACGAGACAUCUCAGGAGCCAUUGCCUGAAGCCAAGGAUGAUAUCAAUUCUGCUUACUCCUUGAGUGUUGAGGCUGCUUAUAUUAACCAGAACUUCUCGCAGCAGGUUUUGAUUAGGGAUGGCAAUAAGGUAACAUUCGAUGAGCCCAACCCAUUUGCGAAUGAAGGUGAGGAGGUUGCUUCUGUUGCGUAUCGCUACAGAAGGUGGAAGCUUGAAGAGGGUAUGUAUCUGGUUGCGAGAUGCGAGGUUCAGAGUGUCAUGGAGGUCAACAAUCAGAGGUCGUUUUUGACUUUGAAUGCGCUUAAUGAGUUUGAUCCCAAGUAUUCUGGUGUGGAUUGGAGGCAGAAGUUGGAGACCCAAAGGGGUGCGGUUUUGGCGACUGAGCUUAAGAACAAUGCUAAUAAGUUAGCUAAAUGGACUGCUCAAGCUCUUCUGGCCAGUGCGGAUUUGAUGAAGUUGGGUUAUGUUUCGAGGGUUCAUCCUCGUGAUCACUUUAACCAUGUGAUUUUGGCUGUGGUCGGAUAUAAGCCCAAGGAAUUUGCUUCGCAGAUUAAUCUGAACACGAACAGUAUGUGGGGUAUUGUGAAGUCUAUUGUUGACUUGUGUAUGAAAUUGAAUGAGGGCAAGUAUGUGCUUGUUAAGGACCCGUCUAAGCCUCAGGUUAGGAUCUAUGAGGUCCCUCCAGAUGCCUUUGAGAACGAUUAUGUGGAGGAACCAUUACCGGAAGAUGAGCAAGUUCAGCCACCUACAGAGGAUGGGCAAGGUGCUGAGCCAAAUGCUGCUGCAAAUGAUGUAGAGGAUAAGGAGGUUGAGGCUACUCAAGCUUAAAGGAUUAAAACCGAUAUCGCAAUUGGUAAGAUUGGAGACUUGGCUACAACUCUGAUAGUUGCAAUGGGGAAAGAAGCUUAUAUAUGCCUUUUCAAGGACUUUGUAUUUGAAGUUAGCUAACUUUUAUUUCGUCACUGGCAUAAAGUAUUCUAUGAGUAUUUGUAGUCUGCCAUCUUUUAUACUGGCUAGAUAAAAACUUGUAGACCAUGGGAAUGUGGUUUUUGUUGCUUCUGAUUUCUUUUCUUUUUUACUUUUACCUGAAGUUUUCUGUUAUGCUGUGUUUUGUAAAACUCCAAUUUUGUCUUGAUACGUGUUUGGUUUCUUGUC